AUGGAGGUGAGAAAUGUUUUGGAAGAUUCUCGAGGUGGAUUUAAAGGUCCGAAUUCAGUGGAUGGAAUGGGGGGCGUUUUGGAGGAAUGGAAUAGCCAGUUUGGACCAGGGAAACAGAGACAACUGAGGGAAAUGUCUGUAAUCAAGAACCGUAAGUUACGAAGAAAUGGAGAAGAAGGGAGAAGGGGUCUUUACCUCUAG